AUGUGCGCAUCUAAGUUGAUGCGUCGAUGCUCAUUGUUCGCCUUCGUGUAUUUGUUCGCCAUCGGGAGCCUGGCCCUGCUCGGAAGUCUCCGGUACACCGAGACGCCUGGUAAUGGAGACCGGUGCGUUAACGGGAAAACACCGACCGCAUCACUUCGGGUCAAUAGCUCCACACAGAACAGGGAACCCGUGACGUUGGUGCUAGUUACGUGUGCGGGCGGCAUGGAGAUGACCAUGGCCAGUCUCAAGUCGGCCAUCGCAUUCUCAAGAGCUCCCCUGAGGCUCAUCCUAUACGCCGAUGUAGAGAACAUCAAGAGUCUUCAAGACAGGAUCAUGCAGUGGCCAGCCAGCGUCUUUACUCGGAUUACCUACGACCUUCGCUUGGUCACGUUUCCGAAAGAAGACUUCAAAAAGUGGAAGCAACUCUUCAGGCCCUGCUCUACACAACGACUCUUUCUCCCAGACAUCCUACCGAAUGAGGAUGUGGUUUUGUACGUGGACGCUGACACCCUCUUUCUGCACCCUGUUGAGGAUCUCUUGGAAGCCUUCGAGAAAAUGAACGAGAGACACCUCAUGGCCCUUGUUCAUGAGAUUGAAGACGAAGCCACCAACUGGUACCACCAGCACGGCAAGACCCCUUACAUUCCACCUUUUGGAGUCAACGCCGGCGUGAUGCUCAUAAACCUCACGCGCAUGCGCAGCUUCGGCUGGGUGUCGCGCAUGGGGUCCUUGCUGGAUGAGUACGAGGACCGGCUCAUCUUGGGCGACCAGGACCUGGUGAACAUCCUCUUCAGCGUUCACCCGGACAGGCUGUUCCGGAUGACGUGCCGAUGGAACUACCGCCAGGCCACCUGCACCUUCCACGCGUCGUGCUCGGGCCAAACGCCCGCGCUGCUGCACGCGAACCGGGGACGCUUCAUGGCCCCCGACUGGGCGCCCGCCUUCUCUGCCAUCCACUCGGUCAUGCGGAAGUACGAGCUCGGCACGAGCCUGGAGCGGAACUUCAUUGAUCCACUGGAACACGAGCUGCACCGAGUUCAGCGAAACGAGUGCGUCGUCCAAUUUCUGCUCCACUCGAAGCAGUGGCGGACUAUGGCUCGACAGUUGGACAACGAAAGAGGCUUUAAUGGCAACGCCACUAAUGCAGCGAGAUCUUCAGUAACAUCUACUUGACAGCUACGCAUGCAUGAUUACACUUGGUGUUACCGUAUCUUAAUUUGCAAAAUGGUGACUAGAUUGCUGACCCAAAUCGAACGAAGGAUAAAGCGUAUUCCUUGCAACGGACACCGGCGUCUUAAGAAACGCAGGAUAUUGCAACUUUCUGCGGCAUCUUAUUAAUACUCCGCAGCCAAAAAGCUUGCCGCAUAAGCCAA